AUGGCAUCACAAUCUGUACCGACUAAUAGUGACAAGCGUCCUGAGGACGACUGCCAAGAAGACGAGCCUCAUGUUUCUUCUAAUCAGGACACUGAGCCUCAAGUUGAGACUUACACGGCCCCAGACGGGUCCUUGAGGGCUCGACGCACUACCCCUCGUGAAAGGCAGGAACGGAAGACGACUCUUGAUCUAGGAGCCGUCCAGCAGGGAGAAAAGGAGGGAUUACGCUCCUACAUAAAGAGAUUCAAUCUGAUGAGGAUACAAAUACCCAACCUUCCGGAUGAAGUAGCCUAUACUGAUUUCUUCAAGGGAUUGAAAGACGGGUCGAACUUCAAAUUCGAUUUAGUCAGAAAAAGAGUGGCUACUCUCCAAGAGGCAAUGAUGGAGGCUGAGACCUACAUACAGGCAGUCGACCUCUGUCACAUGGGAAAGCAAGGGGACCAGAAAAGGUCCGAGAAAAAGGAGGGUCGUUCACAGAAAGCGGCCCCCAAGGAAGAGAAAAAGAGAAAAGAUGUCUGGAUGGCCGACUCCACUAGUCAGCCGCCCAGUAAGAAGAGAAAAGAAUUCACUCCAUACUCCCCCAAAUAUGAGUUCAACAAAGACAAUCAUACCAUUUUCAAAGAAGUUAAGGGACGACUCUCACUUGAGAAGCCGACACCUAUGAAGGGUGAUCCUAGCAAGCGCAACCAAGGCAAGCACUGCCAUUUUCAUGAUGACGAUGGGCAUGAGACCAACGAAUGCAUUAGUCUCAAGCGUCUGCUGGAUCAGUUGGCUGAAAAGGGUGAUCUGGACUCUUAUAUCAAGAAACCUAAAGGAAAAUAG